AGAUAUAAGGAUGGAUGCAUUGUGUUUCGACUGUAUAGAAGUUCAGAAAUCUCUAUUCCAACUUUAUCCAAGCAAGAGCUUGUGUUGUUGGAUCUUCACAUCUCGAAACAACUCCUCCACCCAAUACGUGUCCGAUUGAAAUGAAUAAGCUCGACCAAUUGAAGGGUGUCUUCCAUUUCUUUGACGAGGACAGAGAUGGAAAGAUCUCACCCAUUGAGAUGCAGCACUGUGUAAUGAGAAUUGGUGGGGAGAUGUUGCCUGAAGAAGCUGAGGCAGUCAUUGAGUCCUUGGACGCGGACGGAGACGGAUUACUGGCGUUGGAGGACUUCGUUGGCUUAAUGGAAGCCCAAGGAGAAGAGGAGAAAAUGAAGGAUAUGAGAGACGUCUUCGAGAUGUAUGAAAUGGAUGGUUCUGGGUUCAUUACACCUAAGAGUCUCAAGAGGAUGCUUAGUCGACUUGGCAUGUCAAGGCCCAUCGAUGAGUGUAGACUGAUGAUUAGUCAGUUUGAUCUCAAUGGUGAUGGUGUGCUCAGCUUCGAUGAGUUCAGUAUUAUGAUGCUACGAUGAAUUAGAAUUUAAUUACUCUUUUCUUUUGCUUUGUUGUUUUAUUGAUAUUGAUUCAUUCUUUGUGUACUCGUCUUUAAUUCCUUAGCUUUCUUCCAUUAAUUUAUGACUUCUUAUCUUAAUUUUUGCAAUUGGGGUCCCAAACCCGAGCAAGACAGUUCUGUUUGAGUGAGAAUUCAGAAACCAGAAGGGAGUUGUGGCUGCUGGACCGGAAAUGUAUCCUUUUUAGCUAGCAUUUUGGAUUUUGAAACCAAGCUGUCAUCACUGGAAUGGUCCAGUUGCAGCAAUUGGGGAGUAAAGCUGUGUAGUCUAGUAAUGCAUUAGGAAACUCGGUUUUAACUUUUAAUCAAAUAUGAUGAUGGGUCUAGUGAGUAA